ACGGAGAAUUAGACAUUUUUAAUAGGAGGGGCCGAAUAAAGUAACAAUGAAUUGGCAGAUGGGUUUCCCAAAAUUAUGGGUCACUCCGCUGCUUGCAAGAGCUGAGUUGAUUCAAUACUUUCUCUCGAGAGCCCAACAUGCCCCGUCUACUCAAAGCCGCCAUCGCAUCGUGCAGCUCAUCUUUCAGCAGGCGAGCACUAUCUUCGACCAUUCCUCUUCCAGCUCAGCCCGAAGCCUCCUCAUCGAAAUUACCCUCUCCACCGCCUCCCACUGAAUCUUCCGAAUCUACACCUCCAGCUAGAUGGUCGCCAUUCACUCAGCGGACAGGAUUGAUAGCUAUGAAGAGGGGCAUGACGGCCUUGUGGGAUGAGGAUGGUAAACGAUGGCCAGUGACUGUCCUGCAGGUCGAUCGAUGUCAGGUCAUCCGGCAUGAGUCGCCCACGGGACCUGAAGGGAAAUACACGAUGCAGCUUGGAGCUUCAGAUCGUCCAAAUGUUCGUCGAUUACAUAAAAAUCAGAUCAACCACUUCAAGAGCGCCGGAGUUCAUCCGAAAUAUCAUUUGAAGAGUUUCCACGUAACCAAGGAUGCUCUCAUUCCUGUUGGAACAGAGAUCUCGGCGGCUCAUUUCGUUCCCGGUCAAUAUGUCGAUGUCAUCGCAAAGACCAUUGGUAAAGGAUUCCAGGGUGUGAUGAAACGGUUCGGCUUCCGUGGUCAGCCCGCGACGCACGGAACAACCCUAAGUCAUAGGUCAGCAGGAGCCAUGGGAGCCAAUCAGGACCCCGGUCGAAUCUGGAAAGGCAAAAAGAUGCCUGGUCGAAUGGGAGGGAAGCAAAGGACAACGCACAACCUUCUCGUCCAUCGAGUCGACAAGGAGUUGAACUUGAUCUUUGUCCGUGGCGCGGUACCAGGAUUCGACGAUGCCGUCAUUUCUGUCCGAGACGCCGUUAGAGCUACCAAGUGGAAGGCUGAGAACGAGUUCAAACGCGGAAAGCCAGACGGAGAAUGGCUAGCAGAGGGAGUCAAGACGCUGCCGCUACCCACCGUCACAGUUCAACAAGCGGCCUCGGCAGAUUGGCCGGCCGUCAUGGAGUGGCCAGGUCCAGGCAAGGCGUAGGCGUAGGCACGUAAAGAGUAUACAAUGCAACAGAUA